UCAAGAGGAGCGAGGGGAAACUUUUUUUUAGGGGGGGAGAAAGAAGUUGGAGACGGUUGAAUCAUAUCGGAGCCGAGCGGGAUGAGAAGUCAGAUCUCUAAUAAUCUCAGAGUUUGAAGAGUGUGUGUGUGUGUGUGUGUGUGUGACUCUGUGUGUGUGUGCGCGUGCGUUAGGAUGGGACUCCCCACUCUGGAGUUCAGUGACUCCUUCGUGGACAGUCCGGACUUCAGGGAGCGACUCAAGUGUCAUGAGAUCGAGCUGGAGCGGACCAAUAAGUUCAUCAAGGACCUGAUCAAAGAUGGAAACAUGCUCAUCACCGCGCUCAAGAAUCUUUCUGUUGCCGUCCAGAAGUUCUCCCAGUCGCUGCAGGAGUUCCAGUUCGAGUGCAUUGGUGACGCAGAGACAGACGACGAGGUGAACAUCGCACAGUCAUUCAAAGAGUUCUCGCAGCUGCUGAACACUGUUGAAGAAGAAAGACGACGCCUGAUUCAGAAUGCAGAUGAUGUUUUGAUUACGCCCCUGGAAAAAUUUCGGAAGGAGCAAAUCGGCGCCGCAAAGGAGGGGAAGAAGAAAUUCGAUAAGGAAACAGAGAAAUACUAUUCCACACUCGAGAGGCACCUGGGCUUGUCGUCCAAGAAGAAGGAGGCGUAUCUGCAGGAGGCCGACGCUCAGAUCGACAAGGAGAGGCAACUCUUUUACGACGCGUCCCUCGAGUAUGUCUUCAAAAUACAGGAAGUGCAAGAGAAGAAGAAGUUUGAGUUCGUCGAGCCGCUCCUGGCCUUUCUUCAGGGUUUGUUCACGUUCUACCACGAAGGAUACGAGCUGGCUCACGAGUUCGAGCCGUACAAGCAGCAGCUCCAGUUCAACCUGCAGAACACACGAAACAACUUUGUGAGCACCAAGCAGGAAGUGGAGAAGCUGAUGAAGAGGAUAAGGUCCGCGGAUCAGGACUACAAACCCCUGGGCCAGUGGACGAUGGAGGGCUUCCUGUACGUCCAGGAGAAACGUCCUCUGGGAUGCACGUGGAUCCGUCACUACUGCACGUACGAGAAAGACAGCAAGACCUUCGCCAUGAGCAACACGGACAUCAAGUCGGCCGGGAAACAGAACGGUCUCGUCCUGAGCCAGCCGGAGAUGUUCAAGCUCCGCUCCUGCAUUCGAAGGAAAACCGACUCCAUCGACAAGCGAUUCUGCUUCGACAUCGAAGUGGUGGAGAGAAAUGACAUCUGUCGUGGAACUCUUUUCAGACCGCUUCAGUUUUUCUAUAAAGUCCGGCAUGGCGUCAUGACCCUGCAGGCACCGUCAGAGGCCAACAGGAGAUCGUGGCUGGAGGCCAUGGAUGGCAAGGAGCCGAUUUACAACCUUCCGGCCAUUCUGAGCAAAAGAGAAGAGACGUUUCUUAAUGAGGCGGGAUUUAACUUCGUACGGAGAUGCAUUGACCUGGUGGAGACGAGAGGCAUAAACACAAUGGGCCUGUACAGAAUCGGAGGGGUCAACUCCAAAGUCCAGAGGCUGAUGACUACAGUCUUUUCCUCCAAGGCACCUGCGGAUAUGGACCUGGACCCGGAGACGUGGGACAACAAAACCAUCACCAGCGGCCUGAAGAAUUACCUCAGGUGUCUCUCCGAGCCUCUAAUGACCUUCAGGCUCCACAAAGAUUUCCUCCUGGCUGUCAAGUCAGAUGAUCAGAACUACCGGGUGUGUGCCGUCCACGCCUUGGUGCACAAGCUGCCCGAGAGGAACAAAGAAAUGCUGGAGCUGCUGUUGAAACACCUCGUCAUCGUUUCCACACAAAACCAGUGCAACCUGAUGACAGUGUCCAACCUGGGUGUCAUCUUCGGCCCCACCCUGAUGCGCUCACAAGAGGAGACUGUGGCCGCCAUGAUGAACAUCAAGUUCCAGAACAUCGUGGUGGAAAUACUUAUUGAGAACUUCAACAAGAUCUUCCACCAGCCUCCGGACCCCAACGUGCCCCUGCCCCAGCCGCAGAGCCGGCCGGGCUCUCGCAGGAGCCGGGCCAUCUGUCUGACGACGGGGCCCCGGAAGCCCCGCAGCCUCUACACCCCAACACUUUGUCUGGCAGACGCAGAAAGUCCCUGCAUAGGUGACGCUUUGAGCAGCAGUCCGGGCAGCACCCCCAUGGGCAGCAUGGAGUCUCUGUCCUCCCACUCCUCUGAGCAGAACGCCUCCUCCACCAAAACCGCCUCCUCUGCCCAGGUGAAGGAGAAGUCGCCGCCGGACCUCCGCCGGACGCCGUCGCAGCUCUCCAACGGCCCCAGGAGCACCGCGGGUGUCAGCAGCCCUGAGUCCAGCUCCAGGGAGGACGCGGGCCGCACAGACGGGGAGUCGGAGGACGCUCUCAGCCUGUCCUCGGUCAGCACUGCACCCCGGCUGUCUCCCGCACCCAAAAAAGCCCCACACGUCCACACCGACCUCCGGCCGCCGCUGCUGCCGAGCCGUUCACCUGCUCCCUCCCUGAAAUCACUGCAUAUAUCUGAAGGCCUCAGGAGCUGCUCUGGAUCCGUCCAAAGUCUGUCAACGGGGGAGCCCAGAGAGAGCCUGAAGCCUGCGGGGCACCCAGACCUGCCAGCCAAACAAGUCCUCCGCCGCAGGCUGGACACCUCAGUGGGCAACGGAUACCAAAGACCUGGCUCAGUGGUUGCUGCCAAAGCACUGCUGUUUGAAAACACCCCGUCCCAGUCAGUUCCAGUCGGAAGAGAUGCCAAGGCGAUGUACUCCUGUGAGGCAGAGCACAGCCACGAGCUCAGCUUCCCCCAGGGGGCGCACUUCACAAACGUUUAUCCCUCUGUUGAACCAGGCUGGCUCCAAGCAACAUACGAGGGAAGAACCGGUUUAAUCCCCGAGAAUUAUGUCGUCUUCCUCUAACAGGUGGUGAACGCUGCAUCUUUUUCCUGGUAUCCAUGGAAGAAAAAAAAGAAAUACAGAUGUGGUUGUUUGUCGCUCAUUGUCGUGUUGCCAAUUAUCGCUGGCAACCAACAUUUCUGCAUUUUAUGUAUUCUUCAAGUAGAGCAGUAAUUGUUUUAACAUGUGUGUGUGUGUGUGGGGGGGAUUUUCCCCCCUAUCUUUAUUCAAGAGCGUAGUGUUUCAGUUUGAGGACAGGAUUUUUUUUGAUUUCACGUUUAGAUUUUGUAACUCUUGCACUCAAAUACCCCUGCUUGUGCUCGAAUUGUGAUAUUUAAGAGUUAAGUAAAGGUAGUUGCUCUUCCCCUCGUGCUCGCGCUGCUUCUGUGCCCGUGUGAAACGUCUGCUCUCGGAUUUCUGCUCAGUUUUGUUUGUGCAACAAAUCCGUCAAUAGAAUUCAAGGUGUAGUUGCCCCGUUGGUACUGUUGGCAAAAAACACAGACGGUAACAAGAUGCAGGACGGCGUCUAUUGUGUUUCUUAUAGUUGCUGUCAACAGUGUUCCCUUCACUAGUAAGUGAUUCAUGCACACAGUGUUCCCUUCACUUACUAGUGAAGGGAACACUGUGCGCACUUACUAGUGAAGGGAACACUGUGUGCAUGAAUCUGGUUACAGUAACCACCCGUACGUGCAAUACUCUAACAGAAAUAAAGCUAAAACACCCACAACGAGGGCAGGACAAUUUAGUUUCGUUCCUAGAGCUGAAGCUGAAGCGCAGGAAAUCUGCCCAAGCAACAAAAUAUCUGCGCAUUUGAGCACAAGCAGGUGCUGUUUGAGUGCAAGCGCAGUGUUUUGAUUGAAAUCAUUGCAAAGUCUGACCUUGACAUCGGUAAGUUCGGCUCUCAAACUGAAACACAACCUCGUAUUAACGGUCCUCAAAUUUCAAAGUCCAAAGUGUACCUCCAUUUUCUAUAACGACUCCAUUGUGACAUUGUUUAAAUGCUCAGAAAAAAAAAUGAGUACGACAUUAUUGAUGGAUGUAAAUGUUUGUAUAUGUAAUGACCCGUCGACUGCACUGAUGUUUUUUUUUAGUCCCAGUUUUUAACCUUAAAGAUUCACAAAAACAAUCACAACAUCAAUUUCACAAGUUUUAUUCUCAGAAAUAUGUAAUAAUAAUAUAUCUUUCAACUUCCCGUAAUAUCAACAUAGACUUUCAGCAAGUGCUUCAUGAAAAUCCGCACAGGCUCAUAAACAUUCAUCUGUAUUAACUGUAAUUGAACAAACUGUGAUUUUUUUUUUUUUUUUUAAAGUAAGGAUAUUAAUCUAAUCUAUGAGUAAAAGCAAUAAUGGGGGGUUUUUUGCACCUUAACUCUCAUGUUUAUGGCCUGUGAUCGAUGUUGGACCACUGAACCUGCUCACUGCUGCCGUGCACUUUCUGGUUAGCUACACAGUACUGUACUGUACAUUGAAGCUCAUACGUUAACCUGUAGUCGCUAAUCAAAACGAUAUUUACCUUCUGUAGCUGUUUAUUCAUAUAAAUUAUCACGUCAAAUAUAUGCCAUGUGUAAAAAAAAACAAAAAAAUUAAGUGUUUUUAUAACGUCACGAAUGCUUCGUUCAUGAGGUGGAACCUUCAGCUCUGAUGCUUGUUGUGGUACUUUUUACUCACUGGUACACUGGUGUACUGGUAAUGACAAUGUAUUUGAUUGUAUUGUGUUAAAGACGCCAUUUGAUAUUUACCU